AUGGCCCAGACCAGAUCCCAAGACAAGAAGCCGCCUGCCGCUUCGAAGAAGCCUGGCCAAGCCACCAAAGCGACGGUCAAGUCAUCGACCAAGCCGACGGCAGCUUCCAAGAAGCCUAGCAAAGUCACCAAAUCGACAGUCAGGCCAUCUACCAAGCCAAAGACGAGGCAGACUACCAAGUCGAGUGCGCAGCCCGUGACUGAGCCGACUCGCGCGCCCAAGUCGAACAGGAGGACCAGCUAUAAACUGCUUUCCCCCCAUGCCGAGAUGAGACUGAGAGGCCUGGCGGGUUUUCUCUCGUCAUCCUACCCGCUGGGACAACAGGUAGAGAUCUAUGCCGCCCGCAUUGCGUUGUUGCAGAAUGAUAUGAAGAGUGAUUACCAUGCUAUCGGCUUAGCUAGCUUUGGAUUGGAUCAGACGAAGAGGGUCUUGCGAAAUUUUGCGAAGGACUACUACAGAGAUCUGGAGGGCGGCACUGCCAAUGUCUAUGAGCCUGAGAAUAUGGAGGAGUAG